AGUCGCAAGCGCGGGAACCGAACACAACUGACGCGCGUUAUGUUGCGCAUUCUUCAUUGUUUAUACAUUUUACUUUAUGUAUUACAUUGACAUUUAUUUAAAUACCGCCGCAAGAUACCCGACUAAAUCGACAUCUACAUUCGCAAUUAUUAUUAAAAUGUUAGACGCGAGUGUACAACAGUGAUUAAAGUGUUGUUUACCAAUAUCAGUUAUUCAAGUUUGCCGCGGAACUGCUUUUAUGAGUGCGUGAUUAACAAAGUGAAAUGGUGACGUGAGGCGCUAGUAUGCGCGUGUCGAAGUGGUGGUGGGUGGUGGUCGCGCUCCACGCGUGCUCGCUCGCGCUGGCCCUCACGCCGACCAUCUGCGAGGAGGACGCGUGCCGCUGCGAUCCUUUCACCAGAGUCAUAUGCACUUGCACCGGGGACUACACAGAGGUGACUCUACGGCCAGACGGAGCAUAUAGAGUUCCGUCAACCACCUCUGGGAUCAUCAUCAGUAACUGUUCACGAGUAACGUUUCUGCCCGACACAGUGCGGAGUCUAAUACAACUACGCACAAUAGAACUAAGCAAUGUAAAUCACGUGGUCAUUAACGAGCGAGCGCUAGCUUGGUCUCCGUUCUCUAACAGGAACGAAAUGAACCCAGGAUUACGGAUCUCGAUAGAUAAUUGCACGAUAGAUGAGAUCGCAUCUCAUGCGAUACAGGGACGCGUCAACGAUGUCUCUAUUACGAAUAGUAGAGUCAAGGUUUUAAAACCAUUCGCCUUUUCCAGCCUAUUGGGACUGAACAACAUAGAUUUGUCCGACAAUGUCUUUGAAAACAUAGAAAUUCAGGCGUUUAAGAAAUUUGCAGUCGAAAAUUUUAUGUUGCGAGGUGGCGAAAUAAGUACCCUGCCGAGCAGAUUUUUGUCAGACGUAGAAGUGACUAAUCUGUUCCGAAUGGAGGGAGUUACCGUUAAGUAUUUGUAUAGUUUAACUUUUCUUGUCAAUGCACCAAAGAGGGUUCUCAUUGAGAGUAACAAUAUAGAGACAUUGGAAGGAGAUGGAUUCCAUAUAGUUACGCGAGGACCCAUAACAUUUAGAAAUAAUACAGUGACCAAUUUAAGAAAAGGUGCAUUUUUUGGUUUCACUGUGGACUCCGGAGUUGCAUCAGUGAUGGGGCCUCAGGAGUUAUUGAUCGAUAAUAACACUGUUACUAAUUUAUUACCGUCCUCUUUAAUGUACAACCGUACAAGACUGACUUUAAGAGUAGAUGGACUCAACCUGAACACGUCAUGCAGCUGUGAUUUGGCCGCGAUAUGGCGAGAUGUGCUAAAAGACCAAGGUGGUACAAUCACCUGUUGGUACGAGCUGGAGGGCUACUAUGUGUCGUUACCCACUUACGUAGAUAUUAGAUGUGGCCCGUUUAAACAGAACUUUUGGAUAUUCGUAGUCAUAGGUGUCAUUAUAUUGUUAAUUAUCGCGGCUAUAGCCAUAUUUUUCAUAGUGAGAAGAGAGAAUGAGAAGAAGAAAAAAGUGCAAAUAGUAAUGCCGGACGGCAAGACUUACAGGGAAACCGAGUUUCAUAUUGUUGUAGAGAGGGCCGAGCUCCUGACCACCGAUUUGUGAUCAAGUUUAUCUUGUCAGAUCAAUUGAUCUUUGUCAUUGUGUACCGAUCUGAUGACACACAAUGGAUGUAUAGAUGGACGCGUGAAUUAAUAGUUAGCUCGAAAUUCUACCUCAGGGCCUCGUUGCUGCUACACUACGCAAGUACAACAGACUUCAACCUUUGAUAGCGGUUUCUCUGUAACAUGUACCGAAUUAAUUCAUGGCACGUGGUUAUCCACGUGCAUGCUGUUGUUACGUUGUUAUUAAUCGUAAUUGUGGCAAAUCAGAGCUCCAGCGCUCCGUCAUUGUAAAAGUGCCAAGAUUAGUUUUACACCGACCAGUAUUACGCGAUGUGGUGUUGCAUAAGAUACUACUUAGAACUGUGUAAACGGUAGAAUAAAUUAUUGAAUAUGAAUAAAAGUACAACGAA